AUGCUCCAGCCCUGCAACACAUGCAUAUCUGGGCGCAGCUUGACGACUAGUGUACAGGACAUGAGGGCAUUAUGCCCCGCAGCUUUUGGCCGUCAUGGAAAUGUGCUUGGUCACAUGGGUUGUAAUACGGCAUUGUUUCGCUUUUGGUGGUGGUUAGACCUGUGUGUUCCGAAAAUGGGGCAUGCAGUGGUGUCAGUGGCCCUUGCUUUGGACACUGGAGAUCGUUCUCUAUGGAGUGAACAUGCCAGGCUGCGAUGUGGAGGUAGUGACCAAGAGGACUUGAAGCACCACCUGAACUUUGCCAAGGUCAUCCCUAUCACGAAACGUCGCUUCGUCUGGACGAGCGUGCCAGUCAGGGGGGUUGACCCAAUCCCCCUGUGCUCGCUCUCUGUAGCCCUUUCGUAUCCUCUGCACAUCCACCAUGCUUCAUUGAUCGCCAUCGCCCUGAUGGCUGCUGCUCAAUAG